AUGUCUUUGUUUACUGUAGUGCACUCUAAAGUGGUCCAUCUACCAUAUUUUCAUGCCCCAUCUGAUCACUGUCUUCAACUUCUUGGUGUAUCUCUGAAGCCCCGAAGGGAGAAAUUUCCACAGGAGUUCCCAGAAGUGCCAGAAACAGUGAAAAAGGUUAAAUUGGUGAUAUGCCCCCCUGCUAGUCAAAGCCCCGUGCUGUACACAGUUUGUGUCCUGCUGUGUAGCUCUCUGGUAGCUCAACAUUUGAACCCCUUCCUUGCAGAGCUAAUGGGUGAAUCAAUAGUAGAUUUCGCAAAUGAUGCUGAUGAGGUGGGAGAGGCAGCUGCUUCAAAUUCUUCAAAUCCUGCUCUGGAAGUGUCGGUUUCGUUCGGUAGGUUUGAGAAUGAUUCACUGUCUUGGGAGAAAUGGUCAACAUUCUCACCAAACAAGUACUUGGAAGAAGUUGAGAAGUGUGCGACGCCUGGUUCAGUGGCUCAGAAAAGGGCCUAUUUUGAAGCCCAUUACAAGAAGAUAGCUGCUAGGAAAGCUCAGGAGCUUCUGGAGCAAGAGAAGCAAAUGCAAGAUGAUCCCUUUAGGUCAGAUGAUCAGCAGGGUGGAGAUCAGAUCGAUUGCGGGACACAUUUUGAAAUUGAUUUAACUAACAGUCAAAAAUGUCAAAGCUCAUUGACAGAGGGAGAGAAAGAAGAAACUGAUAGCGUUACGGCUAGUCCCAACUUGAACAAUCCGGAGGAACUUAUUUUAGAGAAAGAAGCAGAGAAUGUCCCUGCUGAGUCUGAAGGGAUACAGGAAAUUCCAAGGAGUUUGGACAAUGAAAUAGGAAAGGCUCCAGAAGUUAAAGAGGAAAAAGAGGAAAAACCAAGAUUGCUUCUUCGGAAGGGAUCUCAGAAGGUUACUACUGGAGUGAGCAAGGAGAGAAAUGUGGCAAAUGUUAAGAAGAAACCAAUUCCACAAAUAACUAAAACACCACAGAAAUCCACCCCUAGAAUGUCAAAGCCUAUAUCAACUUCCACCCCUAGAGUGUCAAAGCCUAUAUCAACUUCCACUCCUAGAGUGUCAAAGCCUAUAUCAACUUCCACUCCUAGAGUGUCAAAGCCUAUAUCAACUUCCACUCCUAGAGUGUCAAAGCCUAUAUCUACUUCCACCCCAAGAGUGUCAAAGUCUAUAUCAACUUCUAUUGCAACACCUGCACCACGAUCCUCAGUAAAAAUGGGCAACACUUCAUCUUUACCUAGGAGCAAAAAUCCUUCCAUUGAGGACACCAAGAAAGUUCCUCCUAAGUCUUUGCACAUGUCACGGAGUUUGGAUCCCGCAAAGUCUGAUUCAGCUUCACUGACAACCGCCAGAAAAUCUUUCAUUAUGGAGAAUAUGGGAGAUAAGGACAUUGUCAGACGAGCAUUUAAGACAUUUCAAAACAAUUACAACCAACCGAAAUCCUCCAGUGAAGAGAAAUCUUCAACACCAACGCAGCUCUCUACAAAGGGGAAAGAAUCAAGGGUUUCGACUUCAGUGCUCCUGCCAAAAGAGAAUGGAGGGUCUCUAGGAAAGGGAACACCUAAGGCUGCUCCAUCAUCUUUUGGUUUGAGAAAUGAUGAAAGAGUAGAUAAAAGAAAGGAGGCAAAAUCCAAUCCCAAAGAGGCAGAGAGAUUGCACUACCAACCGAAGUCAAAGGGUCAAAACGAAGCAGAGAUAAAAAAGCUGAGACAUAGUCUUCAUUUUAAGACUACUCCCAUGCCAGGUUCAUACCGCGGACAAAAAAUGUCAAAAAGUACUUCAGAAAAGGAAAGUUCCAAGAAUGAAACCCAUCGGCAACCGAAUCUGCUAGGCUGA